ACACCUGGGCUUGGCUUAGUUACUAUUCACAAAUAUUAAUUACUUACUUUGAGAAUAUGUGAGGGAUACACAUUGCUGUCCUCAAGGAGCUUGCAGUCUAGUUGUAAACUAUACAUAACAACACGAGAACAAAGAGAACUCUAUGAAAUGGAAAUAUCAUAGCAUAAUUACUAUCUGCCUAUAGCAUAACUACUACUAGCCCAUAGCAAAAUGGUGAUUUGAAUUUUUGAAAGAACACUUUCUUCUCAGAAAUGCAGAACAAAUUUAUUGACUUAGCAAACUGUUAUGGAAUACCUAAUAUAUGCCAAGAAUUGCACUAAAUACUAGGCAUACAAAGAUGGCCAAGACAUUCCUCCUGCCUUUAUUUUACUUGGAAAGAGGGAGUCUUAGAACAGAAGUCAGAAUUAGCUGUACCAAGAAGAGCAAAGGUCUUCUAGACAUAGGACAGCAGCAAGUACAAAGAGUAAAAAAAUGCUUUGUAAACUGUUUGUUACUGUUUUGAGCUCUGGAAAAGGGAUAUAAAGCUAAUAAUUUCUCUGGAAAUACUUUUAAGGACAAUAUGAUUCUAAAGGAAUAAUCAAAAGUUAGAAAGUAGGUAAAUUCAAAAGCUGUAGAAAAACAACUAUUAUAUAAAGCAGAAAGAAAGAAGAAAAUAAUAUUACCAUUUUGAAACAUUAGCUAACAUUUCAGUAAGACUGAAAAUAAAGCUAGUUUCAUGUUCAAAAGCCUAUGUAUGGAUCAUAAAGUAGAGCCAACUAGUAGCAGGAAAUGUAAGCAGGAAAUAUUAAAAGUGACAUUGGAGUGGACAGCAGGACUCCAAGAUGGUGUCAGUCGUCCCAGUGAAGGACAAGAAACUUCUGGAGGUCAAACUAGGGGAGCUGCCAAGCUGGAUCUUGAUGUGGGACUUCAGCCCUAGUGGCAUUGCCAGAACAUUUCAAAGAGGUUACUACUGGUACUAUAACAAGUACAUCAACAUGAAGAAGGGGAGCAUCUCGAGUAUUACCAUGGUGCUGGGAUGCUACAUGCUCUUCAGCUACUGCCUUUCCUACAAGGAAAUCAAGCAUGAGUGGUUACACAAGUACCACUGAAGAAGAGGACACGCUCUGCACUCCCCGCCAUGACCUUCUUGCCCAAGCCCAUCCAUAAGGAACACAGUCUCGAUCGUUGUUGAAUCCUUUCCUAUCCUAAUGGGAAUUAACCUCCAAAUAAAGGAUGACUGG